AGCUAGCAUGGAUGUCCGGGCUUUCCCGUUACUCUCUGGGUCCUAAAGCCCGCCUGGACAAAGCCAAGUGCCCUGCGGAUUGUGGACUGCUCAUACCGGAUAGCUCGGUGAUCUCAUGAUUGCUGCUUUCAAAUACAGGCGCGGCAGAGAGGUUUUAACGUGACUUCAAGAAGUAGGAGAACAAGUGAUGUUUGAAAUCUUGUGGUGCAAACAAUAUUACAUAUGAAAAUAGCAUUAAUCGUUCAUAGAACAUAAAGCAGAAAAUUAGUUGUAAUGGAUUCUCAAGUGAAUUACCCAGGCUCCGAAAUGAAACGCAGACACUCGGGAAAGACAUUUCUCCACAAUCGCAGCGAGGCUGAUGUGGAAACAAAGGAAGAUCUGAGAAGAAAACUCCAUCAAGCCAAGAAAGAAAAACUUGACAUUACUGCUAAACACAAUGCAGAGCAAACAAACUAUGAAAGCCAGAUUGCAAAACUGCGAGCCGAAGUUGAGAAAGGUGAAGCCAUCCGACAAAGCCUGGAGUACGAAUUAGCUGUAGCAAGGAAAGAAGUUGGUAUAGAACGGUAUUCAUCAGAAGAAAAAUUGGGUGGAGCAAACAAACAAAUAGAACAGCUGGAAGAAACCAUCAGAGCUCUUCAGCAGAAGUGGAAUGAGACAGAGAAAUCAUAUCACAUCAAUAAGUGUCAGUGGGAUGAAAAACAACGAAGACUUAUCAAUGAAUUAUCAGAAAAGGAGUUAAUUAUUAAUACCUGUCACACUAAAUAUGAAUCACUUUUGAAGGAGAGGAUGGCACUAGAUGAUAUUUUGAAGGAGACUUUGGAAUCCCAGAAGGAACAGAAGAAUGUGAUAGAGUCAGAGAUCAUGAAAGUGGCAGCAGAGGAGUUUAGGUCUCAGGCAGAGCUUUGGAAAUCAGAAAGAAAUGAACUCCAAUUUUUGUUGCAGGAAAGCACCAGCACAGUGCAGAACGUUCACAAAAAAGUACAGGAACUAGAACUGGAACAUAGUGGCUGCUCAGAGGCCUUGAGGCGACAGGCCAGCGAACUCGAGUUUGGUGCUGAACGAGAGACUCGACUUAAAAAAGAACUUGAGCUAGCUAUGGCCAGAAUAAAAAAACUGGAGGAAAACAUUGAGGCAGAGAGGGCGGCACAUCUGGAAUCAAAAUUCAAUUCUGAAAUAAUUCAGUUACGAAUUCGAGACCUUGAAGGAGCUUUGCAAGUGGAGAAGGCCAGCCAGGCAGAAGCAAUAUCUGACUUGGAAAUGUUCAAAGGCAAAUUUAGAGAGGUAGAAAAUGCCUAUGAGCGAGAGAAGCGUAGUGCUCAUGACAGCUUGGAAAAACUCAACAUGUUAGAAAGGAAGCAUCUGACUAUAAACAAACAGCUAAACGAAGAGAUAGAAGAAAAGAAGAAAGUAAUUAAAGACCUCUCUGAGAGACUCCAGGAUAAUGAAAAAAGUUACAAAGAAUUACAGGCUGAACUUCUUCUGGCCAAAAAACGCCAGGCCUUCCUAACGGAGACAAGUGAAAACAAUGUGAGAGAGCUGGAGUCACUUCUGGACAGCUUUAUUAUGUCAAGCCAAUGGACAGCAGGCAUUCGCAAGGACAAAGAUAAACCUCCAAGCUUCACUCUUGUCCUUGAGACUUUGAGGCGUACCUUGACAGAUUACCAGAACAAGCUAGAAGACGCAUCUAAUGAGCAAAAGAAAAUGACAGUUCUUUCUGAGAAGAUGGUGAAAGAACUUGAGGCUUCCCAGCACCAGCUAAGAUCUCAAACUCAAGGACUUCAGGAAGCACACAAUAAUUUUACUGAGGCCAGCAAGGAGUUAAAUAAUCUGCAAACUAAGUGUACAGACAGAGAAUCUUUAAUAGCUACAUUAAAAAUGGAACUACAAAACGUAUUGCGUUGCUUGGAGAAAGAGAAAGUGUGUUGCACAGAAUAUAAAAAUGAAAUUCAGAAGCUGACACAGACUUAUGAGAAGGAUACAGAGGAGAAGCUAACUUUCCUCCAUACUUUAUAUCAGCACUUAGUAGCAGGCUGUGUUCUUAUAAAGAAAUCAGAAGGCAUCCUGGAUAAAUUCUCUUGGCCAGAGCUUUGCACAGUCUUGCAGGAGAAUGUUGAUACCCUGAUCUUAGACCUCAACAAGGCUAAUGAGAAGAUAUCACACCUUGAAUAUGUUUGUAAAAAUAAGUCAGAUACAAUGAGGGAGAUUCAACAGACCCAGGAAGACACUUUGAACAAAGUUGCAGAACAGAUGAAAGCUCAGGAAAGCUGCUGGUUAAAGCAGAAGAAGGACUUGGAACAGCAAUAUUCUGGACUCCUUGGGGAAGUUCACACAAGGGCACAGAAAUACCAAGAAAUGGCAGAAAAAGCCAAAGAGAAGUUCUCUGCUAUUGAAAAAAUUCAAGAGCAAUUACUCCUAGAGAAUUCACACCUCAAAGCUUUGUUGGCACAGUCUCAGAAAGAACACACAUCUCUGCUGGCAGCUUGCGCACUGUUGUCUGGGGCACUGUACCCCCUCUACUGUCGGUCGUGUGCCCUAUCUACCCAGAGAGAUGUUCUUCAGGAUCAGGUCAACACCUGUGACAUUUUCAAGCAGGAGAUCAGGACACUGGCCAGUGCAUUGUGUGAAACUGAGGAAAGGAAGCAAAGCAACAGCAAGGUGAAGAAGAAAAGGCAUUCCAGAGGCUGGAUACACCUUUUCCGCAAAAGUGUUAUUGCAGUGCUAGCUGUCAACAGGCUUCAGAUUUUAGGCCAGUCAUACAGCUCCCUCUUCUCCUGGGUAGAUGGCGUCAGAGAAGGCAUAGGAAUCUUAGUUUGCAUUGGAGACUCCAAGGGUAUGCAUAAUCUGUCAGGACAACAAAAGGAGAAGAUUCGCUGCCUUCAAGCACUAAGUUGGUUUACCAGUUCUGACCUUCUUGCUGCAGUCCUUAGUUCUAUGGUUGAGCUGCAAGAAGUAAUUAGCAAAGCAGAUCCGAAAUCCUGGCUUUCAGGACAUUUGCUCACCAAUACAGCAAGAAAUUCAUUUUCAAAACUCAUGGACAAACUUUGCAUCAUGAUGGAAGUUACUCCAGUGGACAGCAGCAGGAGCAUGACUUAUGUAGAGAAAGAUUCCUUGGUUCAAAGACUGGCUCGUGGGCUCCAUAAAAUAAAUGCACAGACACUUGAAGCAGGGAUAACUGACAGGACCCCUGCUAUGAAAAACAUAGCAUCCUUGCAGAAGCAGUUAUUUGAAUUUACACAAAGGCUGCACACAACAGAAGUAGAACGGCGGUCACUGCGCUUGGAGCUCACAGAAUUCAAACGGAAUUUGAAUGAGAUGAAGAAAGAGGCUGACAAAGCUCAUAGUUUGCAAGAGCAAUUAAAUGUGUUUAAGCAAAAUAAAUUGAUCACCCAUGAGAGGUUUGAAAGUGCAUGUGAAGAACUAAAUAAUGCAUUACUUCGGGAGCAGCAGGCACAAAUGCUUUUGAACAAACAGGCCCAGCAGCUCCAGGAGUUGCAAUAUAAACUGGAAUUGCAUUCUUCUGAAGAGGCAGACAAAAACCAAACUCUCAGUGAUGCUGUAAAGAGUCUCUCUGAGGCAAAGAUGGAGCUGAGAAGAAAAGAUCAAUCUCUGCGUCAGCUCAAUAGACAUCUUACCCAGCUGGAGCAGGACAAGCGUCGACUGGAAGAGAGCAUCCACGAUGCAGAGAGUGCCCUCCGCAUGGCAGCAAAAGACAAAGAAUUAAUUGCUAGUCAUAUGAAAUCAGUGGACUCUACCUUUCAAAAUGUCAGAGAUCAGAUCUCACUGUCAUGGACUGCAGCAGGCAGGAAUGACUUCGCCCUGCAGCUGCCGAGGCUGCACCUGGAGACCUUUGCGAUGGAAGGGCUGAAAGGUGGGCCAGAGGUUAUAGCAUUCCAGGCUAUGAUUAUAAGUUUCAUUGAUGUCUAUCAGCUUGCAUGCUCCAGAGUCUCCACAUUAGAAAGAGAAAUAACAUCUCAUCGGCAUCACAUUGCAGCUCUGAAAUCAGAACUCCAAACAGCUUGUCUUCGUGAAAAUGAAAGCUUGCACUCAGAUUCACGAAACACUUCAAGCACCAUUACAGUGUCAAGAUCUUUACCCCAGCUAGAUCAAGGUUGUGUUCCAGGUUUUUUGCCACUGAAGGCCGAAUCAGAUUAUGAUCCGUCUUUUACCUUGGCACAUAAUAGACUCCAUCCUCAAAUUUCAUCAUCUUUCUCCUCAAACCUACACUUCACGUCUGCCAAAAAAGCAAUGCCAAAUGGAUGCUAGAAUCUAGUCAUUUUGUAAGCAGCUAAAAGAGAAUUAAUUAAAGUCCAAUUUUAUUAGGAUGUUUUUAGCCUUUGAAUUGAAGUUUGCUUUCUGUGCAUUUCUAUGGCAUGAAUUUUACAUUCUUCACUGCACGGAAGGUGGGGAUCGUGUUCAUACAUGCUGCACAUCACAUGCCCAGCAUAGUACAAGGGUCAUUUAAAAAAAAAAAAAGACCCCAAAACUUUUAUUUAUCAUGGUAGCUCAUUUUUAUGUAAUAUAUUUUUAAAUGUUAAAGAAUGACACAUUUGGGGUAAUUUUCUUCAGACUUAAAAAAAAAUCAAUAAGCCAUUUUAGUCUCUAUCUAUCAAAGUUGUUUCAUACUUGUCUAUUUUAAAACAGGGCUGCAAUACUUUAAUAGGAUUGAGAGAGCUAUUUGAAAUGUAUGCCAAUGAUUCCUGUCAUUUCAUGGCAGCCCUGCCAUGGUUCACUGAGCCCCCUCUUCUCUCUUGUCAGCUCAACUGAAGACAAGCAUUUAGUUGCAAACUUUAAGCAGGUUGUGCAAAACAGAAAUGAUGUGACUGCUUCUCCUCCUGCACAAUAAUGUCACUCCUGGUCAAUGUGAGAAGGUCAGGUUGCGCCUUGUAAAGCUACAUGAUACCACUUGCCCAUUUGAACAAGUUAAGUGCAGAAUCCAGUCCCUGACGGCCUCUUUUUAUCAAGUCGGCGUUUGAUAAGAAAGUAGAAACAAUUGUGUAGGGAGAUUUGGAGAUGAUAUGUUUAUGUGCUUUUGUAAGGGCAGUUCUCAGCCCAGCAGUGCAGGUAAUAAAUUUAGUCUGAGUUUCAAGACUUUAAAGUAAUGGCUGUUCUGACCUUCAGAAUAGGCUCCUUUCUUUGUUGUUUUUGUUGUUGUUGUUGUUAGGACCCAAGAGUGACGCCCAUCUUUGAUGCUGACAGAAUUUAAAACAAGGCCAUUGCCCUGCAUUUUCUGCCUUGUAGCACACAAAAGUAAAAUUGUAUGUCAGGCCGAGAUGUCGGGGAGCUGACAAGAUGCCCCAGUGACAUUUCAGCUGGAAAGAGCAAGUGUCUUGCAACCAAGUGGUCAAAUAUCAAAUAAUAGGUCAAGCAGGAAGGAGCUGAGUUCUAACCACAAAGAGGUUUCUGGUAACUUACUUGACAAGCUUUUGGGUGCUUUGUGGCUUGACAAAGUGAUGUUCUGUUGGGUAUCGCUAGACAGUCUGUUCUUUAUUGCCUUCAGAAGAUCAGACAUUGACAUUGAUUAAACUCUUUAACCCUUAAAGGUUAAAUUCUGGCUGUAUGCAUCAUUGUGAGGAAAGAACAAAAGAAAUUUUGUAAUAUAUACCAUUUGUUAUGGUAUUAAUCACCCCAACUCCCCAGUGCCAUUAACGUUUGAUGUGUGAUGUAGUUUUUGACAGGGUUAUUGAAAGCAAAAUCUAUAUGUUAGAUUGCUUCUCAUUAUAGAUCAGAGAUACAUUAGAAAAAUAACAUUGUGCUUUGUGGAAUUUGUGAUUUCUCAUGCUUUGAUAAGAGUAGGGUUUGAUUCCACAAUCCUGACUGCUAACGUUUGUCUUUGUCCUAUCAUCGCAGAAGACAUAAAUUUGCAUAUGUAAUGCACCUACCACUAUAAGUAAAAUUAUGUAAAUUCCUGAUGAUAUAUUCCAAAGCCACUCUGUAGAACUUCGAAAAUUUUCAAGUAUUUCUUAUUUUAAGUUUUCAAGAGGGAUUUCAUGCCUGCAGCUGCAAGUGUAUUCAUUUAAAAAUGAGCAAAUAGUUCUUUAAAAGGUCUCUUUUUGUAGCAUGUUAUCUCUAGAUUACUAAGGCAACAUUCUUUUCCCUCUGACUUUUUCGACCAGGAGAAAAGCCUGAAAAAAGUAGCACGCGUUAUUCCAAUCAUGGAUCACUUAUCUUUUCCAUAUGGAUAAUUUUAACUUGCUUUGUUUUGUGCUGUAUUCUUUUUUUUUUUUAAUUAUUACAGCACAUGCUUAUUUUUGUUUUGUUUUUUAAAGAGAUAUAAGAUGAAAGUCUGAUAAGUCUUGCUAAUCACCAGUGUAACAAGUCACAGUUUGGGAUUAAAAUCAUAAAAUAAUAAUUUAAACAUUAUUGGUUUUGGAGAAUAGGAACAGAUCUGAAUUGCCUUUCCUACUGAGCAACUGGAAGUUCAUAAGGGGUGUAUAGAUAUACCUUUUAUAGGCAAUGAGCCUUAAUAUUUUUAAAUAGAGAGUUUACAAAGCAGGGUGAUCACAGCUAGUAUUCUCUGGAAGUAGUUACAGCUACAUCAUACAGGAGGUGUUCGAGCAGCACUCUUAGAUCAUUUUAUUGCAGCAUUUCCCAAGGAAACAGUAUAUACUCAGAUAUAUACAAAAUUUCUUCCCAUUGCUUUAUUCCCUGCUGCUCACAGCAAUGUUUUCUUACCUAAUUAUGGAUUUGCACAGUUCUGCUUUUAUUUGAAAUUUACACAAAAUACGUCUCUACCCAUAAAUUCAUAUAUAAAAUUCUCCCUCCCAAUAUUUCACCUGUUUUCUGAUCUCAGUCAUUCAAAUGUAACAUUCAGGAGUUGUGUAUACGUGUGUGUGGAGAUGUCAGGCUUUAUUGGCUCCACAUUUAGAAAUCUAAUUAUUAUAACUGCACCUAAUGUAAUGAAAUCACGAUUUUAUCAUCAAACUUUCUUUAAUCUGUGACAUGCUUAGGCGUUUAUAUAGUCGAUGAUGAUAUUAAGAAUUUAUCAACCAUGUGAUUAGAAAACACAUGCAAAAUUAUUAAAUGAAUUCACCACUAAAUCUGAGUACACCCAGAAAUAUUCAGCCAGGUAGAUGAAUCAGAUCCACAGAAUCUGACAAUUUGGUCAAAAUGACAACACAAGUGUCACAGCAGCAUGACACAAGCUCGACCCCUUUUCCGCCAUGAUGUCAAGGUGUGUGUGCAAAAGUGGCAGAGCCUACACUGUGACACUUAUUUUGUCUUUUCCCCUGCACACGCUCCCCCCAGGGUUUCAAGAUAAAUAUGGGUAUAUACCUAGUCAUGCUUGUGGAGAUGUUGAUGUUUUCUCAAUUCUUAGCAUCACAAGUCCUUAAUUACUACAAUGGAAAUCUCUGUGUUGUUGCUUCAAGAGCUCUUGCUAACCAACAGUGAAUUAUUGCAUGUCAUUUUUUCAUAGCCCAGUCAGCUUGUACGGUAUAUCAGUUGAAUGGCACAGUAUAAUGGUUAGGAAUAUCCCUGUAUUUGCAUUGGCUGUUUGAUACUGAGAUGAAACCUAAAUGAAAAUACUCAUCCAUCUUUUUGCCAAGAAAAGUGUUUUAUUAUUUUGUCGGCUUUUUUUUUUUUGUGUGUGACAGUAGUAUAGCUUAUAUAUUGUAUCAUCCAAAGUUUGGUUACAUCUAAGAUAAAACAGAUUUAGAAACACCUCCUAAUGAAAUUUUGUUUUGUCUGUUUCAGUGGGCAAUUUUUGUUCAUAGUUUAUUUGAUCAUUUCUACUUAGGACAUUAUACAUAAUGUAAAGAUACAAUAGUUUACCUCUGAAAAGCCAAUAUGUUAUAAUUUUUAUAAAGAAGCAUCAAGAUGGCCACAUAAAAAAAUAGAUGCUAUUCUGCUAUGUUCUAAGGUUCCCACAGCUACAAUGUGCAAAAGAUCCCACCCUUAAAACUCCACCCUUCCAUUCUCAUCCAAUCCCUUGACUAAGCACAGGAGAAGCAGGUAAGGGUGAUAAGGAUGUAUGUAGGGGUGGUAAGGAAGAAAGAGGGACCGAUUCCACCAUCAAUCCACCAGUUCCAGUGGUGGGUGGGCACCUUUAAUUUCUCAUAUUACUUGAUUGAACAUACAGUAGAGUCUCGCUUAUCCGACAUAAAC